CUUCCGUUCUUUGUUCUGUCCCUGGUGUGUAGGUCUGUGACAGGGUCCAACGGGGCCUGGUCCGUGUCCGGUCCCCCAGUCCUCCCGUCCCUGCCCCCAGGCACUUGCAUCAGCUAAAGUCAGAAUUCCAAGAAACUUGAACAGAGGCUACCAAAUUCCCAGUAAUUGCUACGUUGGCCUUCUGACAACUAACUUGAAGGAAGGAAGGAGUCCAGCAGUGCUUCCUUAUUUUCCUUCAAAAUCUGUGCUCUGCGGAGUCUGCAAAUAAGAGACCAGAGACCCAGGACUUCUAGCCCCACCCAUGGAAACUCAGGCUGGUUGUGUAUCUCAGGAACCUCAGGCCUUGCUUGAGAGUGCUCUUCCUUCCUCAAAAGUUCCUGCACUUUCCAAGGACAGCUUGGGAGAUGAGAUGUUGGCAGCUGCACUCAUAAAGGCCAAGCCCCAGGAGUUGGUGACAUUUGAGGAUGUCGCUGUGUACUUCAUCCGGAAGGAGUGGAAGCGUUUGGAGCCUGCUCAGAGGGACCUCUAUAGGGAUGUGAUGCUGGAGAAUUACAGGAAUGUGUUCUCACUGGAUGGUGAGACCAGAACUGAGCAUGAUCAAGACAUUUCAGAAGAUGCAGGAUCACAGGGGGUGCUACUGAGAAGAUUCCAAAAGGAUAUUUCUAAGGGUCUUAAAUUUGAAGAAGCUUAUGAAGAAGAAGUCAGUCUAAAGAGGCAGCUGGGGAACUCCUCUGGGGAAAGACUGAAUAGGAAGAUACCAGGUUAUGGUCCAGUGACAGUUGAGAAAAAACUCACAUCCACAGGAGAGAGAAGUGAGAAAUAUGAAUUUGGGAACAACUUCACUGUGAGUCCUAACCUUAUUUCACAUCAGAGACUUCCUGUGGGAGAUAGACCCCACAAAUGUGAUGAAUGUAGCAAGAGCUUUAAUCGAACUUCAGACCUUAUUCAACAUCAGAGAAUCCACACUGGGGAAAAACCCUAUGAAUGUAGUGAAUGUGGGAAGGCCUUCAGCCAGAGCUCACAUCUCAUCCAGCAUCAGAGAAUCCACACUGGAGAGAAGCCCUAUGAAUGUAACGACUGUGGGAAGACCUUCAGUUGCAGCUCUGCUCUCAUUCUGCAUCGAAGAAUCCACACUGGGGAGAAACCUUACGAAUGUAGUGAGUGUGGAAAAACUUUUAGCUGGAGUUCUACCCUUACUCACCAUCAGAGAAUCCACACUGGAGAGAAACCAUAUGCUUGUAAUGAAUGUGGGAAGGCCUUUAGUCGGAGCUCCACUCUUAUUCAUCACCAGAGAAUCCACACUGGAGAGAAACCCUAUGAAUGUAAUGAGUGUGGGAAGGCCUUCAGCCAGAGCUCACACCUCUAUCAGCAUCAGAGAAUCCACACUGGAGAGAAACCUUAUGAAUGUAUGGAAUGUGGAGGGAAGUUUACCUAUAGUUCAGGCCUUAUUCAGCAUCAAAGAAUCCACACAGGGGAGAAUCCCUAUGAAUGUAGUGAGUGUGGGAAAGCCUUUAGGUACAGCUCAGCUCUUGUUCGCCAUCAGAGAAUUCACACUGGAGAGAAGCCUUUGAAUGUAAUGGGCAUGAGCAAGAGUUCUCUCAGGGUCUCUGCUGAAUUAAAUAUCAGAGAGUCUACAUGAAAGAGCCACAUACGUAUUUUCCUCAUUCCUCUGAGUCUAAAGAGCUCCUGCCUUACUAUACAAGGAUGAACAACUUAGGAUGUAUCCUUCCAGCUCAAACCCUUCACUUUAGAGAUGGGGCAUACUAGGCAAAUCAGGCUGGUACACUGAUUAGCAACCUAGUCAGUUUUCCCAGGAAUGGUACCAGCUUGAGAAAUUGAGAGGCAAGCUGCAUAUCAAGUGCUAGGAAGAGGGAAGCUCUGGGACCAACCAUUUCCCAUUUUGGAAGGGAGUUUGCACUAGACUAGCGGAGCCUUUGCAUGGUGGGGUUGGAAGCACAGUAAGAAUAAAAUUCCAAGGACCCCUACAGCUGAAGUCAGUAGUGUCAACACAGAAGACAGUGGAAAGAAUAUUCUGGGACCUGUUACUUGCUAUGGAGGGGGGACUGGAGGCUAUAUUUCAAAUGGAGUCUGUUCCUGAUCUAGUUUUUAAGUUUUGAUAAGGGAUAUGUACUUUGUUUCCUGAUUUUAUUGACUAUAAAGACAGUGCUAAGGAUUUAUUUUAUCACAGUCAAGGCUAGACCUCAGGGGAGGUUGUUUGUGAUGAUUUUGUUGUUUAGGGCUCUUGGAGCAGCGAGACUGCAUUUCUAAGAGCAGUUUGGCAGUUCUGUUGGACCUCUCUUCCUCUGUUGUGCUAGGGCUAAUUGGGAAAUCCAUCGAAUCCAUGAGUGUAACGUUAGGAAGGGGAUCAGAAACAUUCAGCAUUGGGCAGCCUCUUACCCUGUCACUCCUGUGAAGAAAAGCAACUUAAUGCAAACCCCUUGUUAAACUCCCCCUAAGGAACUCACUCAGCCAGCUUGAUUUGCCCUCUCACCUAUGACUUAAUGACACCAGGCCCUGGCAAACAGACCUCUCCUAACCUUGCCUCUGACUCCUCAAUGGUCAAGUAUGAAUGCAAAGAGUAAAUCCCAGAAAAGGACAGCCGUGACCUGAAGCUGGUAUCCGGGCUCCUUGCUCAGUUAGGCUGGAGCUCCCCAAUUUUCUCAGCUGAAAGGAUGAACUUUCAUUAUGUUUUCCCAAUCCUGCUCAUCCUGUAGCAUAAACGAAGUGCACUAUUAUUAAACAAAAUAGUUUUUCAGAAGGAGAGAUUUGAGUGUGUUUUGUGCAGGGGCCAAAUUUAUUUCAAUUUAAACAGGAAACUGGUUGCAAAUGGAAUCUUUACAGACAAGAAUUUUUCGUAUUCAAACGUGUGAUUUCUCGACCUCAGAACUCCAUCAUAUUCCUCUAAUACUGCCACAGACUUCUCAGUCAUCUUCAGUCUCCCACUUCCAUACCCAGGAUUUUAUGUGCUGCCUGUAAUACUGCACAGAAUGAUACCUAAGGCCAGCAGCCAAAACUAGAAUCUGUAGGGUUUGAGGGUCCUUGACAAGUAUGUACUUGGAUAGCAAUGUUUUUUUUGUUUGUUUUUUACUGUUCCUGGAGAAUGUUAUGGUCAUAAAAGGUAGGCUGAAAGUCUAAUCAGAGGAUGAACUAUCUAGAACUCUGAUCUCUGAAAAUUUUUGGAUCAUAUAUUGUAACUGUCCAUCUAGUAGUUUUCAAUUUCUUAGAGUGGAACAUCAAAAAUUUGCUCUUUGAUAUUACUACAUAUUUUCAAGUUGAUGUAGUUUCUCAAAGUGUAGACCAUGAACUAUCCAUAUUAGCAUCACUAGCCCAGUUAGUAGUAGUGCUGCUUUCUGAGACCCAGAGCAAAGCUAUAAAAUGAUUUCGGAGGAUAGAGCUGAACAAUUUAUCUAAGAAAGAAAUGGUGAAGGAAGUGACUAGAGAAAAUUUCCUGAGAUCAUUCUGAACUUACCUUGGGAGGCAUGUGAUCUGUGGUAAAGGAGAAUAAAUUCCAGAUGGGACACUUUGGGGUAGAGGUGAGCACAGCCAUGUAUGUGAAGGUUCAUGUAUAGCUCUGGAAAAAACCUUUGAACAGGUAAAAUUACUAGGGGACAAAGUCACUAUACAUGAAGGAUCAGCCCUUUUUGCCUCUGACCUUGUGUCUUUGUGUUAGUUACUGGAAUCACCAGCUUCCCGGCCAGCCACGCCAAACUCACAGAUUACAGGUCUUGUGUGUCUACUUUUAUAUAGCAUGUCAGCACGUCUAGCCCACCCUACCUUUUCUAUUCCUGUGACUCCUGCCCUGGCCUAGACAGUAGCUCUUCAUCAAAUUUGGAUACCUUCAUGUAACAGUUUCUGAUCCUUCAUAAAAUGCUAGAAAUACAUGCAUGGUUUCAUGAAGGUAAUGCUAGAAGAACUGAACUUAGAGAUUUAUUGGCACUUCCUCCUGGAAGUCUAAAAGACUGGCACAACCUUCAAGGCCUGGCUACUGGUGACAAGUAUGCACAUAUACCCACAGACUUCACCUGUUUACACAGCCACACAUGGUCACAUGAGAACACAGCCAUUGAUUUUUCUGUGGAGCAGGGCACAGCUCUGUGGUGGGGGCCAAAGAUACAUGAAGUGAUUCCUGUCUUAGUUCAGUCUGGUGGCUGCUCAUUGGCACUCUGCCAGCUUCUCGCAGAUGCUUAGUCCCUAAAAUGGCUAGUAAUCCUAGAUGACUGGGAACAUGGUAUCACUAUACAAGGAAGGAGGCUAGAGCACCACAGAUCAAGGGAACAGUAGAAGCAAAGCCAGGAUGCCACAAAGUCAGUGGGGCUGGGUAAGAAGGAAUCAUUAAGAUGUGUUAUUUAGCCAGAGCCAUGAAGUACUGCUGCUACCCCUGCUUUCCCUUUCUGCUGGUGUCAUCCUAGUAUAGAUGACUGGAUGAAAAGGUCCCAUGAAAAGAAUGCUCAACUCAACUAGUAGGAAGAGACUAAUAUACAAUCAGAAUCAUGAGUACUAAGCGAAGAAAAAACAAUGCUUUCAAAGCUGUUUGCAUCUGCUGACUUGUACCCUGAAUUCCACCAUUUACUUUGUAAAUGUUAUCUGGAAAGGUUUGGCAAAAAAUCGGUGGUAGGCAUUUAUUUCAAGCAUACAGACAAUAACAUUACACAAUAUUUUGGGGAAAAAAAAAGGACACAUCACUAAAAUUGUACAUUUUAAAUGAAUGGGGAAGGCUUUUCUAAGCACAAGACACUUUUCUAAGCACAAGAAAUUGGUAGUGUAAAUUGACUCAAUAUUUUGGAAGGCAAUCCAGCAACACAAAUGUGUACACUAUUUUUAAAAAUUCCAGGAAUUUGUCAUACAGAAAUGCUUUCUCUAAGCCUGCAAAAAACCAUGUACAAAUUGGUGUUUUUAAUCAUAGAACCGGAAAAUGCCAAAUAUUAACCAUAAGAUACAUAAAUAAAUCCUGUGAUCAUUAGAGUGUUUGGUUCUUAUGUAUUUGUUGACAUGGAAAAAGGUUCAAGGUAGCUGUAUUUUGAAAAUGCGGAGUCCAGAACAGCAUAAUAGUCAAUCCCAUUAUCCCAGUACAGAGCACAAUCAUACCAUACACACAUCUAUAUAAUAAAGAUUAUACUAAAAAAAUUCUAAGUGUCUCUCAGCAGCAAAUAUUAAGUAUAAAAUUAGGCGGGGUGUUUACUUUGUAAUGCUCCUUCCUUGUUGCUACUUUAAAAUCAGCAUGCAUUAAAUUAGAAAGUUACGGAUUUAAAUAGCCAGACUAACACUGUUUUAAGAGCUAUUUUUAUAACCAUGAGCAUCUGACAGGCAGAAGUUCUUGAAAGGCUUGAAACGCGUCCCGGCUGGGCCAGACUUGGCUUUAGGAAUUUGUCACAGGUUGGGUUUUGCUAUUUUAGAUUACUUAGAAUUAUGAUUUAUGUGACUUGACUCACCACUGGGCUCGACAUCAAUAUUUAAAAAUGCAGAUCCUAACUCUCAGCUCAGUUUGGGUGAAGGAAUGGGGCCUUAACCAGCAGAAACUCAUCUAUAAAACCCCCGGUUCGCCUAAGCGGCGCAGAGCCGGGGCACAAAGGCACCCGCAGCAGCCACAUGGGUGGGCGGGGCUCGCUGGCACUGAAAGCCCACAGCCCUGGACCCCGCCCUGUCAGCCCCCCCCCCACAGGUUCUUCCCGAGCCCCACAAGGCAGCACCCACUUCUCUACAUGCCCUGGGGCACCCAGGGUGCAAGACAAACUGACAAACUGUCUGUGGGUGUGGCGGCCGGACACCAGCACAGGCAAGGGCUCCGCGAUCUUUUCCGGCAAGAUCCCAGCCAAGGGACACCCUCUUCCCCGCCCCAGUGGCUGCUUUCGGUCCCUCUGGGGCUUUGGAGGUUUAGUCAACUCGAUGGUUCUCAAGCUACUUUAGAAGGGAGGGGCUGUGUGAACAGUGGGGACGGUGGCGAGGAGGGGGAAGAGCUGGAAAGCUCACACCACCCCUGGGCUUUGAGCCAACUUCCUCAGGCGAUUUAGAGCAGGAGCAGAGUGGGAGGAAGCAUGCCUACUGGACUGAUUCCCUUGUUAUAUACCAUGGGAUAAAAAUCUCUGCCUAGACUGUAUUAUCUGGCAUUUAGUUCUACCAACUAAUACUGAAAUUUCAUGAGAAAUUUCAAAUAAAUGAAAUCUACCGAUCAGGAAUGUCCAUGUUUUUGUAAAGCACUGCAUGGGCUCAGAUUAGCCCCAAACUGUUGAGGAUAUUUUACUGUGCAAAUAGUGUUCAACUCUGCUCCCUCCAGUUACCUCCCUGCAUAAGCUAUCUGGCCCCAAAAGCUUGUCCUAGCCUGUUUUUAGGGGGAAAUUCAAAAUUACGGCAGUUGGUAUGAAAGUGGCCUUGGAAUUGAGCUUUCAGUAUGGGAUUCCAGAAAAGGCCAUUCUCUGUUCAGAUGGUAAGAAAAAGGAGCCUGGUAUUAAUAAGUGCAGUAAUGGCGACACAACAUGAUAUAGCAUGACAAUUACUAUCAGUCUCACUAGUUUGGGCAAGAAAUGAAGUACAAAUAGAAGAGGAAGCAUUGAUUAGCUUAUUGCAAUAGUUCUAUAACUUGAACAUUAUUGGGACAGUGACAAUACAGCUUCUGGAGGCUGAUGAAAAGCAGGGAAUCAGAUUCUAAGAACUCCACAAGGGAACAAACUAGGCUACCACCUUGGUUUUAGAUCAGUGAGACCAUGUUGGAUGUUGAACCUACAAAGCUCUGUUGUUUUCUAAAAAGCAUCUCUGUGUUAUUACAAUCAUAGAAAACGCAUACAAUCCUGUGGCUUUACUAAAAAGUGGCCCUACAGACAGACCAGUGUGAGAAGGAAUCGCCAGACCAGUGUGAGGGGAAAUCCGGCGAGCAGAGUGGAAGCCGUCUAGAUGGCACCAGUUAUGUGUGGAGAAGUGGCCUAAGCAUUUCACAACCUCCUGGGCUAUGGGGGCUAUGGCAAACAGCUUGCCUAGACAAAUGGCCUGCAAACAAGGCCAAAAGUCUGGAAACAGAUCUGAGGAUGACUUUAGUUGACAGCGUGACCUAUGGGAGCUAAAGAAGUAGAAAUCUUUGUUUUUUUAUUUUUAUUUUUUGGCGUAGAAGAACUGGGAUGUAGGCCAGAGGUAUGAGUAGUGAGAGGAUUCACCAGAAUGGACAGCAGUGAACAGGUGAUUUACUGAAGUAUAUUGCUGAGGGGAGCAGUGGGUGAACACAUCUGCUGUGUCAUGG